AUGAGGCUUUCUACGACUGAUUUCGUGCUCACCUGCGCCACGUCUGGAUGGAUGCGGUGCUUGUGGAACAUCCUGGGCCUCCUGGGGUCAUUGGUGGCUGCAGAUGCUGCCGGGCCAAGGCUAGCGUCCAUCGUGCCGGUGCUGGAGCCACCGAAGGCGCGAGUUCCGGUGAUCGAUGUGGGUGUCGAGGGAGUUGAUAUGAGCACAAGUACCAGGGCUUCCACUGUGGCUCUGAUCGUUGUGAGCGCCAGAAAUACUCCACAGCUUUACUUGGAUGGUCUUUGGGCUAAGAUUGGUACAUAA